AGAGGUCAAGUGCCCUCCACCAUUCAACAUAACCAAUGGAAAAGUUGUGUGUGACGAUAAUAUGUAUCCUUUCAAAACCGUCUGCACAUUCGAAUGUGAGAGUGGGUUUAAGCGUAAUGGCCCUUUGAAAAUGGAAUGUCAAGCAAAUCAGACAUGGUCAAUAGAGAACUCGGACGUCACCUGUACAGACAAUGAAGCUCCAAAUAUUGAUUGUUUGUCGCCGCAAAUAUUUUAUGCUGAACGAGGUAGUUUCACAACAUCUGUAACCUGGGAAGAGCCGUCGGCUACAGACAAUGUAGAUCCAGAUCCAGUCAUAAGAAAACUGUCGAAUAUUUCCCAGGGGGAUAUACUACCGGAAGGUGAUCACUAUGCUACAUAUGAAGCUUUUGAUGACGAAGGGAAUACAUUGCCAGCGUUGUCAAAAUGUACCAUCACUUUGGAAGUAAAAGUGAUAAAGUGUUCUACUAGUCCCGUAGAUGCACUGGACAAACCUCGAUUUAUUAAUUACAACUGCAGCGACACAAUAUAUUACGACGGAUUGUCUUGUGACCUUGGAUGUGAAUUAAAUCUCCCAAUCAAUGGCUCAGAUCGUUUGACAUGUGAACGAAACGGAACAACUGACAAAGGUGUAUGGGUUUGGGAUUCCGAAAGGCAGCCUUUUUGUGAAGUUGUUACCUGUCCACCGUUAGAUCCUCCAGAUAAUGGGGCUUUUACAACAGACUCAGUAAACGCCAGGCCACUUCAUGUCAUGUUGUGUAAACAAGGUUACGAUAUUCCGAGUGUAGGCACCAAAGCUUUCCAAGGGAGAUUAACCUGUCAAGACAGUGGCGAAUGGUACCCCUUGUCUUCAUUUCCAGAUUGUAUACAGGCAGUAUUUUCUUGGACGAGACUGCCGGCUAAACUUAUAUAUUCAGGGGACUGCAAUGAUGAAGCAAUCAAAGAAAUGAUUAAAGAACAAGUUCUUGAUUACCUGAAAGGUGUAAUAGAAGAUGUUGACAAAUCAAUUUGUCCAGAUCCAGACACUUGUAAAGCUGAAAAUAUUGUUGUUGUAUGUGGUACGAAUUCUGGAAGAAGACGUAAGAGAGAUAUAGGUCACAGUAUUCACAAACGCCAAGAUGAAACCUUUAACGUGACAUUUGAUAUAAUGGUAGUUUUCGAUAUAGGGAACAAGACAGCUGAAACACAUUAUCUUGACAUUCUAGAAUUCUUUGACAACGCCAAAGAAUUGAUAGAAGUAUAUAUUAACGAAGGAAAGUUUGAUAUUCUAAAUUCAACUAUAUCCGCCGAUGCUUUCAAGUCGGAUGCUUCACCGGAAUUCGUGUGUUCUGAUUCAGGAUAUAAAUUUGAGUUCGGAAGUUUGAAUUGCAAACCAUGCCCCAGAGGAACUUACUUGAAUACAACAACAGACAUGUGUGAAUAUUGUAAUAUCGGUGAAUAUAUGGACCAUGAAGCUGCGACAACAUGUGAUGCUUGUCCAUAUGGAUAUAGCACACUGUAUGAAGGAUCAAAGAACAAAACAGCUUGCAUAAAGCUGUGCAGUCCUGGUUUUAUAUCAAGCACAUCUAUGGAACCAUGUUUUGCUUGCCCAGUUGGUACUUAUCAGCCUCUUCUAGGUCAGACAAACUGCGAGUCAUGUCCAUAUGGUACCGCGACCAACAAAACAAAUAGUACAUCUGUGGGAAAAUGCGGGGCGUUUGAUAUUUUUAUAGGCAGAUUAGAAGAACAAUCCGAAAUUGGCACAUUUGAAAUAAAAGAUUCGGCAGUCAUGGCGUUAGCACUAUGGCUCAGACCAGUUGAGCUUGACAAUAACCGUCUGUCAAUAUAUAUCAGCGACUCAUCUGGCGUUUUAAUCAAUAUAACAUUUACUGACUAUGUUUAUGUUGUAUUUGGAUCUAGUUCUUACAAUACAAGUGAGUUUACGUUAGAAAAAGACCAGUGGACACAUAUUGCAUGCAGUUUCGAUACUACGUCAGGCAGUGUGCAGUUUUAUGGCGGUGGAAGAUUGAUCAUAAGUGAAACGCAAGCAAUAAUUGACCCCUCAAGAGCAAUAUCACGAGGAAACGUGGAGUUGGAAAAUCUAUCUAAAGGUUUAUACACAUCUGGCGUCAACCUGUACAAUCGAAGUAUAGAUCAGGCAGAUGUAACUUCGAUGCUUCAGUCAUGUGCAGCUACUGCGACGGACAGGAUAUUCUCAAUGACGGAUAUGCUACAAAAUCUCGUUCAGGGAAGUUCUGUGAUAUUUCCGACGACAUGCGAUCCAAUUGACGAGUGUGAGACAGGAGUAUGUGGUAUUCAUAAAUGUAUUAACAAAGUCGACGGAUUUGAAUGUAUUUGUCAAAAUGGAAUAACCGGCGAUCUUUGCGACAUACCACCAGAUUACUGUCUAGAUAAUCAAUGUGCAAAUGGAGAGUGUGUUUCCGGCAAUGAUACAUAUAGAUGUGACUGUAAAGAUGGGUAUACUGGUGCAUUCUGCAGUAAACCACCAGUCAACGGAGGCUGGUCAGAAUGGCAGGAGUGGAGCAGCUGCUCUGUGACAUGCGGUGGUGGAACACGCUACCGGAGACGAAAAUGUAAUAAUCCUUUGCCGGGAUAUAUGGGCUUAGAUUGUGAAGGAAAUGAAACAGAAAUGGAGGCUUGCAGUGAUGACACAUGUCCAUCGUGUCCAAGACUGAACAGAAAAUACGGUACUAUAGUUACAUGUAUCGAUAACUUAUCUGAAUAUGAUAUGGAAUGUAACAUGACCUGCAUAAAGGGAAAAGGUUUUACUAAUGGGCAAACACCAUAUGAAAAAUACAAAUGCGGUCCGACUACUGGUUAUAUAUGGGAACCAACUGAUAAGAUGCCAGCAUGUGUUGAUGUGACAGUUCCGGACAUACUUGGAACACAAGUUAGUGUAAGAUACACAGACACUGUUCCAGAUUCCGACGCGGAUGACGUCAAAUUAUCCGUUGAACAGAAGUUUAUUGGUCUCAGAUGUGAUACGUGCCAAUUAAAAUCUUCAAUUGUCUCAAAUAAUGUGUCGAAAAGAUCAACUACGUCUACAUUAAUUCUGCAGUUUUCUAAACAACUGACAGGCAAUGGGGAUAUCGCACUGACGGAUUACUUAACAAACGGAACAGAAACAGCAGCGAUGACAGAGCUACUGGAAACAUUCCGUUCAAUGAAUGAGAUAGCUGAGUUUAUACAAACCAACUCAACAGCCAUCUUUGAUGUAAGUGUUGGUGGAGUGGAGUACACAUCAGACAGUAGCUCUAUUUCGUUUGCUGGGACAGUAACCUGUGCGGAUGGGUACGCAGGAGCCGGUGGACUAUGUGCACCAUGUGCCACUGGAACAAAACUAAACUUUCCCGAUUGUCUUAGUUGUGAAAUUGGGACGUAUCAGCCACUGGAAGGUCAAAGUGAAUGUUUACCCUGUCCAGAUGGGUAUACAACUUUAACCUUUGGUGCUUCAGAUAUAUCAGAAUGUGCAGUUAUCAUACAGAGUUACUCCUCUACAGUGAGCACAGUUACUGGCAAAGAUAAUGGAAAUGCUGAAGAUGAUAAAACAACUGUGCUUGUGGUUGCUGUUGUUGUUCCUGUAAUCUCCAUCUGCAUAAUAAUUGCCAUCACAGCUUUGGUGUUGUGGAAGAAACAUGCGCGACGCCGUUUUGCAAGGAAUGAAACUGAAGGUAGUUUUAUCAGCCUCAAUAUGGUGCGUCCGGAGUCAAGAGCAUCCAGUGUGAUAGAAAAUGCUAAUUCAAGUUUCAAGAAGGAAUUGCUUGUGCCUGCGCAAGCGAAGUUAUCAUAUGAAAAUGCAAUGUACGGUGCCAGCUAAAAGUGAUAAAGAUCGUUUGCUAGUGGUGUAUACAAGACGUUGUUGAACGCAGCUGAUCAACUGAAACGGUUAUCUUUGAACUCAACGUGUAGUGUAUGCCUUUGGCUAAAACUAUUAUUGUAAAUGGUUGUAGUACUUGCAUUUUAAUUCAAAACUUUUAAGUUUUGGUUUUCAUCACAAGACCCGAAAUUCGCUGCUUUUGCGACGACUUUUCAACUACAUUAGUGCCUUUUGAUGCUAUAAUAAUCAUUCACGUACUAUGCACUAGUAUAUAAGUUUUCGUGCAUGUGUUGAGUUCUCUUACGAUAUCUUUUGUGUAACUGUGUCAGUCUACAUCUACAUGAUUUUUACAAUAUAUAAUGAUGACGAAACCCGAAACAUUAGCAACUCAUGUUAUGUGUACUUGAUUUAUGCUUACUGUAAGUACAAUAUGAAUAAAGGGUGGAUAUUAUUGUAACCAAGUUAUAUUUUCUUAAAUAACCAUCUAUUACUGUGAAUAGUACGACAAAAUUCAAGUUAAUUGUUAAUUUGUUGUUUCAAAAGGCUUGUAUAUUGGUAUAAAUCGUGUUAUAUUUGAA